AUUUGCGCCUUCUUUUUCUCGCUCUUGGUGGAAGCGUUUCGGUGUCUUGUCCCCGUUAACCUGCUUCAUAAAUUAAAGUACCAUGGAGGAGUCGAGUAGUUGACGUUUCCUGCUGCAGUAGCCUUCUCUUUUUAAGCUUUCUUCCCGUCGUGCUGUUGAACCGACUUAUUGGCGACUUUUUCUAACCACCUGAAGUCAUGAAGUACGUCGUUGGCGUCGGCGGUGUAACCAACGGAGGGAAAACUACACUUACCAACAGAUUGAUUAAGAAUCUGCCCAACUGCUGUGUUGUGCAUCAGGAUGACUUCUUCAAGUCGCAGGAUGAGAUUGAAACAGGUGAAGAUGGCUUUAAGCAGUACGAUGUCAUCACUGCUCUGGACAUGGAUGCCAUGAUGAGUACAAUCUAUGCUUGGUUGGAGAACCCAGUGAAGUUUGAGAAGUCUCACGGUGUUAACACCUUGGACACCGAGAUCGUUCCAAAGCCUGACGAUAAUGAGCAGACUCACAUUCUUAUUGUGGAGGGUUUCCUGCUCUACACCUACGAACCUUUAAUCGACGUGCUGGACCAACGUUACUUUAUUUCCAUCCCGUAUGAAGAAUGCAAAAAGAGGAGGUGUGCUAGGAACUACGCGGUGCCAGACCCUCCCGGCCUGUUUGACGGCCACGUCUGGCCCAUGUAUCUGAAACACAAAAAGAUGAUGGAGGCAUCAGGAGUUGACGUUGUGCAGCUAGAUGGAACCAGUUCAAAGGCACAAAUCUUCAGCUUUGUCUAUGAGGACAUCCUGAAUAAAAUCCAGAUGUCUCUGUAAGGUGAAGGUCAUAUAUUCAGCCUGCAAGAAGACCAGCUUGCCUUAAGUUUCUACCUGCCUGCUCAUUUAGCCAACAAAGAUAUUUUUAAUAUAAAUGUUUAACUGGCAUGACUUUUAUGUUGACCGUAUUUAUUACUUUGCUACAGAUUUUAACUCCUUUGUUCAGAGCAUGGUUGCACUUAGUUGCUUAUGCCAAUAAAUGAUCCUCCUAUCUC